UGAAUUCCCAGUUGGAUGCCUUGUUGCAACUAACUCUGUGGGACGAUUAAUUGAAGACAACGUCAAGUCUCAAAAGGAAUCUCCAAAAGGACAGUUUAAUCCAAUACGCGGGUAAAGGAACGCGACCGCGACGGAACACGCUUACCUACACAUCGACCGCCAACGCGCGUUUCGCUGCGCUUGCCAACACGCUUCCCAUCUGGCCAGACAUUGUGCUCAAAAAUCAAGGUUUUGCGUUCCGUCUUCUCGCUGUGGUUAUCUAGAAUGAGCCCAGCAUCUGCAGCAUCGGCAAAUCAAAGCCUCGGGCAGCAACUCCUUUCGCCUCAUCUCGCAUCUGGCAACAGCAUGUUCCCAAGCCCGGCUGGAACACCUCAUCUCCUUAUGGACAAUCGGCAACGACUACUUCCUUGCCAUGCAUUACCAUACCAUUCCCAGCAGCACCAGCACCAUCAGCAUCAUCCUCGCUGCUGGAACUCUGGCCAGCAUCGGUGUAGGAGCCUCAAUGUCUCGCCAGUCGGAACUCCCGUAGUACCUUGGGCCACUCCUGCCGCUACACCGGGGAAUCUUUCUCCGUGUGACGGUCCCACUCCACAGGCGUCUCCACUCGCUUCUCCCAGCUUGGUACCCGCUUCUACGAGGUCGGCGCCCGUACCGAGGUCGUCGCAAGCUGCCCUUGCUCUCAGCCUUCUUCGCGUACAACAGAGUAACAGGAGAAGACUGAUGCUUUUGAGGGAAUUCUCCAUGAAUACACCUGAAAGCCAUGCCGAAGCUUGUGAAGAACUCAAAGAUUGGUGUAAUGAUCGCAGGGCGUACGUACCCGAACUUGCAGCCGACUUAGAUUUGACACUGAGGACCGCAACUGAAAGGGCUUUGCUGCCUGGUUUCAGCGUGGAAGCUGCCCUGCGCAUAUUUAAUGUUGUCGCCCGAUACAGGGCCCUUAUGCUCCCUUUGGCAGCUGAAAACUGUCGUCUUUACACGGACUGCUUGCUGCAUCAGCAAAGCUUUUCUCUAAGUUUUGGUGAACAUAACAUUCCGCUCUCGUAUGAUGACCCCCUCAUGUCGGUCCACGAGAAUCCCGAAACGCCUACCGAGAACAACGAUCCGUCGUGCAGUCCUACGAACCCUGUUCCUUCAGGGCACUCUUUGCUGCAGAGCUGGAACUUUAGUUCUGGCCCUGCUGUUCCAGCAGAAUCUGAUCUUAAGAGUGAUCCUCAAUCGCCGAGCGCAGCCAGUCCCACCCAAUCGGAAAUGUCCCUGUUGGAGGACCAGGCACCCGGUACACCCGGAACUUUCCUGGGUUUUCUCAAUGCUCAGUGUGCAUCUGUUGAGGGAGAUAUGCAACAAGGUUCCUCAGGUUCUCAACGCCCAUCAUCUGCUGGUUAUAAUGACAACGCGAUGAACUAUGAAGCCUACGUCGAUCUAUCGGCCGCCAAAGCCAUGAUGACUACAACCAACGCAGCUUUGUUAAACUCCGAUACGGAUGUUGGAAUGGAUAUGAGCGUCAUGAAUUAAUGGGCCACUCCAACAUGGACAACCGGGCAAAUCGAGAAUUGUACAUAACUCCGUCCAACACUUAUUUUAUUUCAAACCUUCCGAAAGAAGUAGACGAUGAUAAAUAUCGCCAGCGAAAGUCACGUUCCGUUCGACGCUUACCGUAAACUUUACGGCGUGAGGCAGACAUUCUGGGGUGACGUGCUGGAUAUACACUAUAGUUAACUUUUAUCUAUUUAUUUUGCCUUUAUUUAUUUAUGAGAGCGUCCAACGGGUCGUCCAAGUGGCGAUCACGUUCUGAGAAGUGGGCCUGGGGACGUCCUGUAGUUAGUUUUGUUAGUUGCCUGGUCAUUCUUUAAUAUGUAUGUAAAAUAUGAUAUCCUUAAUGUCGGAAA